AUGUCAUAUGCUUCGGCGGUCGAUAUUUCAAAAGUUUCUGACCCAUCGUUUGAUCAGGGUGCUCAUGAAAAUAUAUUCGCUCUAGACAUCGGUGGUUCACUUGCGAAAUUAGUAUACAAACGCGUCUUCCGGUAUAGACGUUCUAUACCCCAGCAAUGUCGUAAAAGUGUCAGUGAAAAUGAAAUACCUUUUGACUUUUAUGAGUACACAGAACACGAAGACGAAGGACAAAAACUAUGUUUCAUGAAAUUCGAAACUAAGAACAUAGAAGAAUGUUUGGAUUUCAUUCUUUUUAACAUAACACAUCAAGGUGCUUCAUCCAAAAAAACAAUUAGUAAGAUCAAGGUGACUGGUGGGGGUGCUUAUCGCUAUCGUGAACUAAUUUGUUCGAAGUUGGGAGUUGAAUUGGAUAAAGAAGAUGAAAUGGAUUGUCUUGUAAGAGGAUGUGUAUUUAUGCUUCGAAACAUCCCAGAUGAGUUAUUUUAUUAUGACAAACAUGCUACUCCAGCUCACGUCUUUGUUCCAAAUUGCUUGGUGAGUACGUUCCCUUUCCUUUUGGUCAAUGUUGGGUCUGGCGUUAGUUUCUUGAAAGUUAAAAGUCCCACGUCUUACCAAAGGGUUGGUGGAACGUCUAUUGGGGGUGGCACUUUUUGGGGUUUAGGAACGCUGUUAUCUGGAGGAAAGUUUACUUUCGAUGAGCUUCUGGAAAUGGCGGAUUCCGGUGACCACCGCAAUGUUGACAUGUUGGUACGCGAUAUAUAUGGAGGUGCGUAUGAAACACUUGGACUUUCUGGGGAUGUAAUUGCGAGCUCAUUUGGUUUAGCCGCCCGUCAUCCGGAACAACCUCGUGUGUUAGGUGAUAUGGUGAAGUCCCUACUAAUUACAGUUAGCAAUAAUAUAGGUCAAUUGGCUUGUCUAUAUGCUAAACAGCAUAGCCUUACACGAAUUAUUUUUGGUGGAUAUUUUAUUCGGGGACAUGGGUUAACAAUGGAAGUAAUUACUUAUGCCGUUCGGUUUUGGUCAGGCGGAGAAUACAAAGCCUUAUUUUUACGGCAUGAAGGGUAUUUAGGGGCAGUAGGUGCAUUUCUGAAAACUUGUAAGAAUAAUAAUUCAACGGAACGAAAAGCACUUUGGUCUGAGAACUAUGUAGUUAGCUCGAGUAAUACUCCUUUCUCUGAUAAUCCGUUUGAAUCAAAACCAUAUGCGACCAAUCACAGUAAAGAAGAAACAGAUUUCAGUAAAGUUCCUCCCCAUGAUCUGUCAAUUGUGAAUUCUUCAGUUGGUAAAGUACCGAAUCCAAAACACUUAAUAAUCGCUCAAAAAGCAGAAGAAAGCAAGUCUACUUUAAAGAGUUCUUCAAAGUCUACGUCACAGAAACACGAAAUUUCAAAACUGCCUAACUUUGAACUCGAUCGUGUAUUUACACAUUCUCUAGAAAUGUUUCAUUUUCUAGAGUCACCCGCAAAUUAUUCACCAGAUACAUGGGAUCUAACUCACGAUGAAGAAGCCAGGAUUUAUUGGUUAGGUUGUUUCGAAAGCUGUAUAGAAUAUCACAGAGCAAAAGCUGAAGAAAGUCAAUCUGACACAUUAUCAGAUGCCUCUGACCGUUCACAUCAGUUCGCUGAACGAUAUAAACGAUUCCUACGUGAAUUGAGUGCUGAUCCAAGUGGUCGUGGGGUGCUCACUGUAAGAUGCCUUUUAUCCGCUCAACAGCAUUUCUUACGUGAAUAUGGAUUUGGAGAUGUCUUUUGUUUACAGAAAAGAUUUGAAAAUCGAGGUGCUCUUUCUGCUCUUAUGGAUCGAUUAAGUGAACUUUCUAAAUUGGAUUGGUCUAAUCGUCAACUGUCUUUGAUUGAAGGUCUUUUGGCUGGUAAUAUGUUUGAUUGGGGUGCAGCUGAGGCAAUUCAAUUCCUAAAGGAAGCUCCAAAGAAUAAAUUUGGUGCCGCUGACUUUCAUGUUAUAUUAGAUAAAGUUCAGUCUAGACCUUGGUUAGUUGACAAUUUUGAUAAUUGGAUUGAUCGAAUCAGCGUGUCCGGAUCACCUUAUCGUUGUAUUUUAAUUUUCUGCGAUAAUAGUGGUGCAGACAUUAUACUUGGUGUACUACCAUUUGCUAUGGAAUUUCUAAAUCGUGGAUGUAAAGUAAUAAUGGCGGCUAAUUCAAGUCCUGCUAUCAAUGAUAUAACUUAUCAAGAAUUGGAACUACUCCUACACAUGAUAGCAUCUUUUGAGCCUUUAAUAGCCGAAUCUCUUAAUAAUGGACAACUUAUGUUAGCUGAAAAUGGCCAAACUUCACCUUGUUUAGAUUUUCGUCUAAUUGCUAGCUCGUUGGUUCAGUUGGCAGAACGUGAACAGGUCGACUUGAUUGUCAUUGAAGGUAUGGGUCGAGCAAUUCAUUGUAAUUUAAAUGCAAAAUUCACCGUGGAUACACUCAAAAUAGCUGUGAUUAAAAAUUCUUGGCUUGCCCGAAGGUUAGGCGGUCAACUAUAUGGUGUGAUAUUUAAAUUUGAACCUGUUUCACAGUCAAGAUAA